CACAAGGAGCAUCCCAGUCAGUCAUCAAUCAGAACAAAGAUGUGUGAAAAUGGCUGUGGAAUUUGUCUAUCCCUCCAAAGAUGAAAAUUUUUCUUUGGAGAUGCUGCAGAGGAGCCUUGGCCACUAAAGACAAUCUUCACUCCCGACGUUGCUCUCAGUCAAAGGAGUGCUCGCUGUGCGCAGAGCCUGUCGAGUCCAUCCACCACUGUUUGUUUGAGUGCCCUCAUGCAGCGGAAGGCUGGAGAGCUGAAUGGCCCUCUCUGAUCGUCCCUCCCCGCUCCAUCGAAAUUCUUCACUGGAUCUUCGCCAUUGGUCAAAGGUACCCGCCCCAAUCAAUCCAAAAGAUCAUCUUUCUUCUAUGGCUUACUUGGAAAACAAGGAACGAAUUUCUUUUCAAGAACCGUGCUUUGUGGCCUCCGACGACUGUUGCAAAUGCCCAAAGAAGCUUCCACCAGUGGAGUGUGUGUCCUUUGAAAAAGAGAUCCACUCCUCCUUCAUCGCAGCCUGUUCCAUCUCCGGAGCUCCCUUCUCCACCGCCAAGUACUCAUGAUUUUGAGAUACACUGUGACGGAUCGUUCUUACACGAUUCCCAGGAGACGGCUUAUGGCGUUGUUGUGACAAAUCGCCAUGGACAAGUGUGCAACGGGAAGGCUGAGAUCCUACAGUGUUUUUCCCCACUUGAGGCAGAAGCAAAGACCCUUCUUGAGGGAACUCGAUUGACAGACUCCAUUGGAGGGACUUGUCUGAUCAGAUCGGACUGUUUUGAUCUUGUCAAAGCAACUAAAGAACAUUCGAAGGAAUGGCCUUGGCGUGCGGCUGCUUGGAUUGGUCUGAUCAAACAAAUGUGUGGGGCUAACCCACGGAUCCGAAUCGAGUUUCUCAGCAGGAAGCUUAACACCAAAGCUGACUGGGUUGCUAAAUCCUGUGUUAGGAACCAGCUUCCCCCUGAAUGGAUCAAUAUUUUGGAUGUUAUUGCACCACUGUUGUAAUCCUUGGCUUGUGCCACAAGUAAUGAAAAGCAUUGUCUUAC